AUGACAAGUUUUACAAUUCCUUCUGAUUCUAAAUUAUCAGAAAUUAAUGAAUUGGCCUUUCAAUAUUCAGAAUUAAAUUCAAUAUCAUUCCCAAAAACACUGACAUUUCUCGGAACAAAUGCAUUCCAGUAUUGUGAAAGUUUGAAAUCAGUCACAUUUGCAGCAGGAACAAAUUUACCAUCUCUUGGAGGUGGUGUUUUCAAAUCAUGCACAUCAUUACCAACUAUUACAAUUCCAUCAACGGUUUCAUCAUUUGAACCAUCUGCAUUUGUAUAUUGUUCAAGUUUAGUCAGUAUCAUUGUUCCACCUUCAAACGAGUACUAUACAUGUAGAGAAGGAAUUGUAUACACUAUCGAUAAACUCAAACUCGUUUGUUGUCCAGGAGGAAAAGAGUCUGCACUGAUAUACAACUAUAUUAUUGUAAUCAAAUCUAAUGCAUUCUAUGGGUGUAGCAAACUUCGAGAUUUGACAUUUGAAGAUGGUUGUAAACUUGAGACUAUUGAAGAUGGUACAUUCUACUCAUGUACAGCACUUUUCAGAGUUGAUCUCCCGACAUCAUUGAAAACAGUUAUGCAAAAUGCUUUUUCAGGUUGUACAAAUCUUUCUAUCAUCACAUUCCCAGACUAUGCACUCGCCAAUUUAGAUUAUGACUCAAUAUUUUCAGAUUGCACAUCGUUAACAACAUUCACAUUUGGUAAGUUCUGUGCACUGAAGGCUCUUGGUGUGACAAUAUUCUCAAACUGCAAGAAACUUAACACGAUCAAUAUCCCAGCGAACUGCACGACAAUCAGAGAAAAUGCAUUCAAAAAUUGUGAAUCUCUUUCUAACAUAACAUUUGAGUCACACUCAAUGAUGUCAUCUCUUAGCGACACAGCGUUCUCAGGUUGUACAUCUCUGAUGAACUACACAAUCCCAGACUCAUAUACUCGUAUCAAUUCUUUGUGUUUCGGAGGUGCCCCAUCAAUAGAGACAGUGAACAUAAUGCCAAACUUGAACAUCGAAUCCAUUUGCACAGAUGCAUUCUCAAGUUUCAAUUUCAGUCUCCGAUUCAUAAACAUCGGAGAAGGCACAACUGUUUCUAAUAUUGAACAAUUUGUAUUCAGCAAUUCUAGCAUUGAGACAUUCUACCUCAAUUGCAAAGUAUCUCUCUCAUCAUAUGUUUUCAAGAACUGCACAACAUUACGAAGUGUUUACAUAAAACAGAUCUCUGACAUUUCAUCAACAACAACAAACUUCAAAUUCACAAAGAAGUUGUUAUCUGAAGAAUCAGAAUAUAGUAUAAUCCCUAUUGGAACAUUCUAUGGUUGUACCAAUCUUGAAUCAGUCACAAUAAACAAGAGAAUUGUUAAUAUCUCAGAUUAUGCAUUCACAGACUGUAGUGAACUUGUUUUCAUAAUUCCACGUUCAGUAGAAAGAAUCGGCAACUUCGCAUUCAAGAACUGUUUCAAGAUCAAUCAAGUUCCAGAUAAUGUCAUAUAUAUCGGAAAUUCAUCAUUCAUCGGAACUAGUGUUCCAAGUGUCCUUCGAGUUCGUUCACAUGCAAAAUACAUCGGAUCUUCUUCAUUCAUGAACACGAGAGUCCGAGUUGUCUACUUCUGCGGUUCACAAGAUUUCUCUGAUUUCUCUCCUUCUUUCGAACGAGGAACGAAUGUCAUCGUCGGAUCAAAUUAUCAACACAACACAUUCUGUGGAUCGCCAACAUUCCACAAGGCAUCUAACAUUUGCAAUGACAUCAUCGAAACUAACUUCGUUGGUGUCGACAUUAUCAACAAACGAAUGAAGAACGAUAUGAAAACACAUGCAUCUCUUCUUCUCACUUCAUCAUACUACCUUGGUUUAUGGUAG